AUGCCAUACGCGUGCAAGUCCAUUUCCAAGGCGACGCUAAUCGAAGCGGACGAUAAAGAGGACGUGCGUCGCGAGGUUCGUCUGCUGCAGAAAGCGAUGGGGCAUCCAGGCGUCAUGCGGCUGCACGCGGUGUUCGAAGACGACAGCGACGUGUAUCUGGUUACAGAGCUUUGCGACGGCGGCGAUCUCUUCGACGAAAUCGCGCGACGUGGGCGAUUCAGCGAGCGCGACGCGGCGCAGGUGUUCAUGCAGGUGACAUCGGCCGUCGCAUUCUGCCAUUCCCGCGGCGUGAUGCAUCGCGACAUCAAACCCGAAAACAUCCUCCUCUCCUCCUCUCCGCUCCUACCCUCCGAAAGAACGCCGUCAAACCCGGCGGAAACCCCGGCGCAAUCGCAACUCCCGAUCGACAGACACCAGCACCGCUCGUACCAUUCCGUGAAACUCGCGGACUUCGGUCUUGCUGUCCCCUUGGAGCGAGGCGAUUCGACGACGGGCCCCGCGGGGUCGCCGUACUACAUGGCGCCCGAGGUGAUUUCCGGCCAAUACGGCCUCCCCGCCGACGUCUGGUCGCUCGGCGUCGUGCUUCACAUUCUUCUCACCGGCUCGCCGCCUUUCUGGGGCCCCGACGAUCAGGGGAUUCUCGACAGCGUGGUGAAUGGGCGGGUGGAUUUGGGGGAGAAUUCGGCGGCAUGGGCGGGCGCGCGCGUGUCGGCGGAGGCGCGCGGGCUGAUUCGGUGCAUGCUGGAGAGGGACCCGCGGCGACGACCGUCCGCCAGCAAGGUGCUCUCGCACCCCUGGCUGCUGCUGCACGCCUUCGGCGGACGUAUCGUGCGGAAGGUGAAGGGUUGCGCGCACGCGGAGGAUGGGAGCAAUCCGUCCGCGAAGACGGGUGUGAUUGUAUCGAAUGUCGGCGCAGUGGGAGGGAGGUAA